ACUUGGCAACCUUGUCAAGUUUUUUGACGUAACAUUUUUAUCGAGAAUCGGGAAGUUUGAGGUUAAAUUGAACGAAGGCCAGCAAAAAUUUAAAGAGGAAAAAUGUUUCUCACCAGAAUAUUAUUUAAAAAGGCGAAAAGCAAGUGCAUCAUGGUUCAGAUGGAGAGCAUUGUAAGUGGUCAUACUUACAAUUUGAUCAGAGAGAGGCUAGCAGAAAAAGCAGAAACAAUACGUUUUGACCCAUACAUUCAAAAGGAGUCUGUUUAUAGGGAAAAGAAGAGAAUUAGAAGCAUGUGAUAGAUUCUAGUUUGGUGUCAUAAAAUUAGUAUAGUAAUAGUCUUUUUAUGUAUAAUGAGUCGUAUAAAAUAGCAUUUUAUAUCCUGAAAUGUGCAACAAUAAAAUUUGGAUAAAAUUUGUUAAAAAUCAUGAAUAUAUUUUGGAACAGAAACA